AAAAUAUUGUUAUUGUUAUUUGUUAUACACUAUAAUUUAUAUUUGCUUUUAAGUGUUUACUAUUUUAUACAGCAUUACAAUUUUCACAUUACAACAUUUAAAGUACAAUAACGAUCUGAUAGAAAACUAAUUAGUAAAUCUCACAUAAUCGUUCGAGGAAGACAUUUGCAUCAAGAUGCCGAUGAUAAAAUUACAAAGUUCGGAUGGCGAAGUGUUCCAAGUAGAUUUCGAGAUCGCCAAAGCAUCGGUGACCAUUAAAACUAUGGUCGAGGACUUAGGCUUAGAAGAGGAAGACGAAGAAAACGUGCCAUUGCCGAACGUAAACGCUGGAAUAUUAAAGAAAGUCAUCCAGUGGGCAACCUAUCACAAGGACGACCCACCCGCAGCCGAGGAUGACGAGGGACGCGAGAAGCGUACAGACGACAUAUCCAGUUGGGAUGCAGAUUUCCUGAAAGUUGAUCAGGGUACACUAUUUGAACUCAUAUUGGCUGCCAACUAUUUGGACAUCAAAGGCUUGUUGGACGUUACGUGUAAGACCGUUGCUAAUAUGAUCAAAGGAAAAACUCCCGAGGAAAUAAGGAAAACAUUCAACAUUAAAAACGAUUUCUCUGCUGCCGAAGAGGAUCAAGUACGUAAAGAGAAUGAAUGGUGCGAAGAAAAGUAACUUCUCCUUAACUACAAAUUAAUGUACUAUUUUUUUAUCAACUUUGUAAUAAUUUUACAUAUAAAAUAUCCAUAUAUUUGUUUUAUGUUUAUUCAAUUAUUCAUAAUUGUGAAGUUAUACUAUUAACAUAAUUUGAAUGAACACUUUUAGUAUGUUUCACAUGUUUUAUUUUUGACUGCUCUUAUUAAAUUAUGUACUAGUAAUCCUUAAAUAUAUUUCAAAAUUUUAUUGCGUUUUGAACGUCAAUUAGGUAACUAUUACAACAUAAUAGGUUAUAUACAUCUUGUUAGGUGUGGUGUUCAUUAAACUACAAAUAACUAUUCAUUGUUGCUUAUUACUCAAUUGAUAUAGUAUGAUACAGCUCUUUAUUUCAUUUAUUUUAUGAUUGUUCAAUAUUUUUUUUUUAUGUAUUGUAUAGACAAUAAAUAGAAAUAUGACAAUUUUAUAUUUGUAUACAAUUUAAGAAUAAACAAUUUUUUACUGAA